UUUAGAACAACCCGGCAAAAAGGCAGGGGAGUUAAUGCUACGCUUUCGCAAUUGUUGAGGACUGUAGAAAUCAUUUUAAAAGUACAUUCAGACUUUAUUUAAAUAAACGUAAAUUGAUUGGUCUUCUAAUCCAAGUGUAAGUAAAAAUGCGUGGUCGAGGAGUACCACCUAUCCGUGGUGGGAUGAUUCGGCCAAAUUUUCGCCCAGGCCCACCAUUCCGCACAUUUAUUCCACACAUACCAUUUGAUUUAAUUCAGUGUGAGACAACUUUUCCCAGGGCUAAGCCCCCAUCAGAUGAAAAGGCUUUCACAGAUGCUUUAUUGAAGCGCAACAAUGAUCUCACUCCAUCAUCACAUGAGCAAGCGUCAAUUUUGGCUCUUGUCAGCAAAAUACAGACCAUCUUAGACAACCUUGUUGUCACACCUGGUGCUUUUGAAGCUGCUCAAAUAGAAGAAGUACGUCAGGUGGGUUCAUUCAAAAAGGGGACCAUGAUGGCAGGACACAAUGUAGCAGACAUUGUUGUUAUGUUGAAGACACUGCCCACAAAGGAAGCUGUUUUGGCACUGGGACAAAAAGUUUCUGACGAAUUGAAGCAGCUGGAGCCUGUUGAAGGCAAAGUGUUAACGAUGCUGACCAAUGACUCGGGAUUUGAGAUCAGUUCAGCAGAUGCAAGUGUGAAGUGUCUCAUCACCACAAUCCCACCUAAUCUAAAGAAGCUAGAUGCAGACUUGCAUUUGGAAGGGAAGAUAAUGUUAAGCCAUCUAGCUGCCAUUCGCCAUGCACGAUGGUUUGAAGAAAAUGCACAGCACUCUAGUGUUAAGGUCCUCAUUCGCCUCUUAAAAGAUUUGAGAAACCGGUUUGAAGGCCUGCAACCUCUCACACCCUGGAUCAUUGAGUUGUUGGCACAUUUUGCAGUUGUCAACCAUCCAGCGAGGCAACCCCUGGCUAUCAACACAGCCUUCAGACGGGCCCUGCAGCUGUUGUCUGCUGGCUUAUUCCUGCCAGGAUCUGUGGGCAUUGCUGAUCCUUGUGAACAAGGCACAGUGAGAGUUCAUGUUGUCAUGACACUAGAGCAACAGGACCAAGUUUGCUUCACUGCUCAAACAUUACUUCGAGUACUAAGUCAUGGAGGAUUCAAACAGGUUUUGGGCAUAGAAGGAAAUGCAAGCAUAGCAACAGAGAUGAGUGUGUGGGAGGGUGUAGUUGUUUCACCAUCAGACAGAGCAUAUGAGCGCGUGGAAAAGAAAGACGAUGAAGAUGAUAUGGAAGAGGGUGAUGCAGAAAACAGCGAUGGUUAAGGAUAAAAUGAUUUUGUGUAGUUGAUCAAAGGGAUGACCAACCAACUUGUCACCUAAAUGCAGGGACACCUGCCACACAGGAUUGGAUCAAACACUACUCAUCUGCAAGUUUUUUGCAUUUUGUUGAAACAUGCCAGCAUAUGUGCAGUUUACUACACAAAUUACCACAUUGCACAUUUACAUGUGAAACAUUCUCAAGGCUUUGCCUAGUUAGAUUCAGACUGUGACACAGAAUCUUACUUUGGCUUGAACUGAUCAGUUUCUUCUAACAUCUGAGUGUCAUUUUCAUGUUCAUGCAUUUAAUAAAUUAUUUAAAAUUUUCCACUAA